CAGAAAUAGCAGACGACAUCCGCUGAGGCAGUCAUAAGUAAGGGGUUUUCGCUGCUGUGCUGGGUCAUUUCUUCUCGUUCAGUCUGUUCUUCAAGUAGCUCGAAAGCAGAGGAAGCAAAGAUGAAGUGGCUUUUUGUGGUUGCAGUCAUUGUUGGCUGCCUGGCACGUCUUGAUGCCUCCAGGAUAGUCCGGCGAGCUGACAGCUCCGGAGAGGGGAAUACCGGCGGGACCGCAUUAACCGGAUUCUUCGCCGCCAAUGACGGCUCCAACGGUGUCGACGGAGCGCUGGAAGCAGCAGGGGAGACCAUAGGCGUGGUCGGUGGUGCUAGUCGUAACAAUGACGGUGGCGGUGAUACCCCUGAUUCACCUGACUCGCCAGAUAACAGCCCAAACGCGGCAGCAGCAGGUGGAGGCGGUAACGAGGUAGGAGAUACCCCCGAUGGCAUCGACGACAUAGACUCACCGGAUCAAGCAGGUGGCUUCGGCCGUCCGAUCGUCGUGAACAACGGUGGGCAAGCCACAGUGGUCGACGACAGGGGAGAACAAUCAACGGACCCAGAGCAGAUGGUAGGAGCUUCAUCUAAUGUGGGCACAACUGCCGGCAUCGUAGUAGGCGUGGUUGCCCUUGUAGGCGUGGCCGCGGGCGUGGCUGUUUACGUCAUCAAGAAGAGAAAUUGAACCGAUGAUAGUCUGGGCGCUGAUUUGAGAAUCAAGCGCACGGGGGCGAGCAAAGGAGGCGGGGAACCAUUCCCACAAAUCCUUGAAUGGAGACCCAUAUUGUAACCAGUCUUCCUAGUAUUUAAAUAUUCAGAAAUGUAACUGUAAUUUUAAAAGUUGCGCAGAAUUUAGUUUGCUGAAUUUUCUUUACGAGUUUUGCUCCUGCUAUGAUUCGCGAAUGAUAACUUUGUCAUCCUUUAGCACAUCCUUCUGGACUUUUGAGAAACGUCAUUCUGUUGAUAAAGUUCCGAUUGUGAGCGGUGAAGUAUUGAAGUCGAAGGGAUAGUUUUCUUGUUUGGUUGAUUGUGGGGCGUUGAGCGGGUUGACAUUUAUCAAAUUUAAAACAAAACAAAAAUGGGCUCAUAGUGGUACGUGUGAAUGUACUUUGCCAAGAUAACUUAUAUCACAUUCUAAGUGAUUCUUUCCGAUACAAACAAAACGACAUUUGAUGGGUUAUCUUCUAUUUUAUAGUUUUAUUUUAUUCAAAUAAACAAAACUUCCAGUAUGUCUGCUGGUCAGGACGUGUACAUAAAUAAAGUUCACAAAUUAAAACUAAUAUUUUCUAAUAGCAACUUGCUUUUGCUGGCAUCUGCACAAAAACAAAUCUGCACUGCACGAUAUGCGAGAUUAAAUGUAAUGAGCACAAGAUUAUAGUAAUCUUACAAUUAAUCUUCAGAGGUCUGUAUUAUAAUCUAUGGCAUAUCUGAAAGAGAAAUAAAAGUCACAAAAGCUAAAA